GAUGCAACGCACAAGCUUACAGACGAUAAGGUAGUGAAGAAGGAAGAUGCAGAAGGCGUGGUGGGUGCUGAAAUAAGGAAUACGCCCGACUUAGCUACACAUCCGGGAGGCGUAGCAGCCUCUAUCACCACAGCAUCUAAUCUCAACAUAUUUUAAUUAGUCAAAUACAAAGUGGGUUUUUUUGUUUUGGUUGUAGUUUUUGUUCCAAGUAGUUGAGAGUUGACGUAUAAAACUAUGGUGUGAGUUUACGACAUGGCGAUGUUGUGAGAUUGUGAUUUGUGAUGAUUUUCAAGCGUAUCUUUUUGUUAAGUUGACAGCUAUACUGUCCUUUUGAUCAAGUCGUUAUAAGAGCUACUGCCAGGAAGAUGCAGCAAUGCAUCAUGAUUGAACGUUCAUGUGCAUAAACUGCAGGAUUCUGUGUUAUUUGGGCUCUUUGGUUGGUUA